AUGGCGUCAAACGAUGGAAAUUCCAUUCAGUCCAGAGCGAGGAGCAAGAUGGCAGCCUCACGCAAGUCACUAGGCGAUAUCCCAGCAACGACCUUUCCCGAAUGUCGUCUUCGUUGGUUCACAUUCUCCGAACUGAAGACUGCAGAUUCGACAUCAGAGCAUUCGGCGGUAUACUCAUUCCAGAACUUAUCGCAUCAAUCUCGAAAGUCAAAGGUUGAUGCUUUGACUCACUAUGGAGAGGCAUUGACCGCUACCCGCAAAGCUAUCUUUGAUCCGAAGGAGUCGAUCAAGAUGAAGAUGCAGGUGGUGUCAGUAAUGUACACCUGCCAUUACUGGGUUGAUCGUAAAUCUGUUGAACAACAUCGUGGAAUGAUUCCAGUACUAUUUCGUGAAGCAGUCUUGAGAAAACAGCUUGAGGACCUGGAUCCAUACAUGGUGGGACUUACACAACUAUCAGUUCUUGCGAGCUUUCUAAACCCCCAAUUCGAGCUAGGGCCCUGGUUCUGGGAAGCAUGCGAAGCAAUAGGCACUCCACGACCAGUCAAGUAUCAUCAAGGAAGCUUCAUCAGCCUAGAGUCAGGAACCAUGGCAGAGAUAUCCAUUUUCAUGCGCUCACCCAGGAAGAAUCUCCAACAACUACGAUGCAUCUAUAGCGUUAUGCAAUUUGAAUUGCCCAAGAUUCGGCGACUUGUUUCCCGAUCAACUUUAACAGCAGCGGCUCCUCAUGCUCCGGCGAUGUCAAUAAGAGUCUGCGGUUCCUACCGAGUUGCAUAUGGGAUUCUUCUCGCGCUGGCAACAGUGGUAAACCACACUCUUCAGAUCUGGGACAAAGACAUAGUUCUUGUCAAAGAGAUACAGGACUUGAUUGAUCAAGCAAUCACUCUUGUGCAUCAGUGUGCAAGUGCUCGACCAUAUGGAGCUAUGUUUGUUCCGGACUUUCUCACCAUGGUCUGGGCAGCGGCAACAGAUGGGUAUCGAAACGAUGAGUUAACGGAAAUAUUGUUAGAUUACGAGAAUGACUCUGUAGGGGCCGACUAUCUGGGUCAUGCUCUGACCAUCAGAAAAAGACUUUUUGCUAUGGAGAUGAAAGAGACACGGGACGAGGUGGAUUUGGGGCUAGAUUCAAAGGGGGAAUUGGUUAUUCAAGACCUUUCGACGGGUGACGAACAAUAUGACGCACCUAGCGCAUGUGUUAUAUUGUAG